CAUCACAUCUACAGCAGCUGCUAUCAUGUCUGAAUUAUGCCCCCCAUGGGCUCCAUUCUUCGGCUUCGCAGGCGUCACAAGCGCAAUAGUGUUUUCUACAGUUGGAGCAGCUUACGGGACUUCUAAAGCUGGCAUAGGAAUCGCGGGCUUGGGUACUUUUAGGCCCGACCUUAUCAUGAAGUCUUUAAUUCCUGUCGUUAUGUCCGGUAUUAUCGCGGUAUAUGGUCUCGUUGUGUCAGUACUCAUUGCCGGUAACAUCUCGCCUUCCGAGCCUUACUCUUUGUUCGCGGGGUUCGUCCAUCUUGCUGCUGGAUUGGCUUGUGGUUUCACUGGGCUAGCGGCAGGGUACGCUAUAGGGAUUGUCGGGGAUGCUUGUGUGCGCGCAUACCUUUAUGAGUCAAAGGUGUUUGUUUCAAUGGUUCUUAUACUUAUCUUUGCCGAAGUUAUCGGUCUUUAUGGUCUUAUUGUAGCUUUGAUCCUCAACACAGCGGUCGGAGAAGCGGUCUGUGGUGCUAACUGAUUCAUAUCCCAAGACAAUAUUUUGUAAAUGCACGACCGAUCAUGGCCUGCUAUAGUAUUACUGUGAACCUGCCGGAGUCGGGCAAUGGACAGGAACAGCGAUACAGGACCGUAGCAGCUAUUGCUGUGAUGAAAGGUUAACCACUACCUUCGUUGUUUC